AUGGCAAUGGCCAUAUUAUUUACAUGGAAAUCAUCGGCAAAUGCCUCACUCAUUUUGUGCAUUAUAGCGGCCUCCUUUGUUUCAAAGGCUCUGGGGCACCAUGGACGUGCCGACGGGAAAGAUCCCAAUGAGAAGGUGUUUAACGUGUUACGUUAUGGAGCACAUCCUGGAAGAGAGGAUAACGCACUGUCCUUCAUCCGAGCAUGGAAGGCUGCAUGCAAUUACAGGGGAAAGCCAAGGCUACUUAUCCCCAAGGGAACGUUCUUGGUAGGGGCAACUAUCUUUCAGGGACCAUGCCAAGGUCCAGCGCCCAUUAAGGUUCAAAUUGCAGGAACUCUGAAAGCUGUACCAGACCCUAGCAUGUACGAAGAAGAUUUCUGGAUCUUAUUUGAAAACAUCAAGGGCUUGCUGGUUACUGGUACAGGCACUGUUGAUGGCCAAGGCAAUGCUGUCUGGAAAUACAAUGUCGGCGACGGCGGUGCCAAGUUCCCAAGUUCUAUAAAAGUCAAUCAUGUAGUCAACGGGAUUAUAAGACAGAUCACCUCUGUGAAUCCCAUGGGUUUCCACAUAUCUAUCGUUCUGUCCCAGAACAUCAAGGCCAAAAAUCUUCGUAUAUUUGCCCCUUCCGACAGCCCCAACACUGACGGAAUCCAUAUCAGCCAAACCAAUCAAGUGUAUGUAUCAAAUAGUGUCAUCGGCACUGGUGAUGAUUGCAUUGGCAUCAUACGUGGAUGCACCGAUGUCCACAUCAGAAAUGUAACCUGUGGCCCUGGACAUGGUAUCAGUAUUGGUAGCCUUGGAAAGUACCAGGAUGAGGAGGAUGUGAGAGGGAUCUCUGUGAAAAACUGCACAUUGAAUAACACGGACAAUGGAAUCAGGAUAAAAACAUAUGGAGGAUCACCUCCAAGCCAAGCUUCAGGCAUACUUUUCCAGGAUAUCGUCAUGGACAGAGUAAAAAACCCCAUUAUUAUUGAUCAAUCGUACGGAAACAAAGAAUCGGCAUCAAGGGUAAAGCUCAGUGAUGUUCGAUACCAAAACAUUAGAGGAACAUCCACUUCAGUUGUUGGAGUAAACAUCAAGUGCAGCCAUACUGUUCCCUGUGAAAGAGUUAGCUUGUCAAACAUAAAUUUGAACUACGUUGGAGCAAAACAGCAUAAUCAUGAAAUCAGCUCUGUGUGCACCAAUGCAAAAUUAAAUUAUGCUGGCUUCCAACUCCCAUCACCUUGCCGAUAG